AGUCAACUCAAAGCAGAUGAUCGUAAAAGAGAGCGCGCAAACAGCUUCGACGUGUUCUUGAAUGGUCAGCACAGAUGUGAUGAUGGAUGCAGUAGAGUCAGACAGAAGGGUUUCUCCUCUGAAGAACUUUUUGGCUGGAGGGGUCGGUGGUGUCUGUCUCUUAUUAGCUGGACACCCGCUGGACACUAUCAAGGUCCGUCUGCAAACACAGCAAUGUGUUGUCUACAGAGGAACAUAUGACUGCUUACGAAAGACGGUGUCCAAAGAGGGAAUAUUUGGCCUGUAUAAAGGGAUGGGUGUCCCGCUAGCUGGUGUUACCCCAAUGAUGGCUUUGAAUUUCUUUGGCUUUGGGCUGGGAAAGGAGCUUCUGCAAAGUGACCCCACCGUACCAAUCACGAACACGCAGAUCUACUUGGCAGGGAUGCUGGCAGGAGUAUUCACCACUGUGAUCGUGGCCCCGGGCGAGAGAAUCAAGUGUUUACUUCAGAUCCAGACCUCAGCCAGUCAGCUUAAGUACACUGGACCAGUGGAUUGUGCACUAAAACUUUAUAAGGAACAGGGAAUUCGCAGUGUCUACAAGGGCACUGUUCUUACUCUAAUCAGAGAUGUGCCUUCGAAUGGUGUAUACUUUCUAACAUAUGAAUACUUAAAAAAGUUUCUGACCCCUGAGGGAGAAAG